GGAGAUGAAGAAGCCGUUGAAAAGGAGGAAGUAGGUGAGGAUGGCGACUGCUACAGUGAAUCCGAGCAUGACAUGGGAGACGACGCCGGAGAGGAAUGUGAUGAAGGAGCUUUCGGCCUAGAAGGAGGCGAAGAUGGUGAGGAAGAAGAAGAGCAACCCAUGGAAGCCAUCGGCAAGUCCUACCGUCCAGAAAGUUAUGGCGGCGAAGGAGAUGGAGAGGACGAUUAAGGAAGGGAUGGAAAUUAUGGAGUGGGCGAGGACGUGCCAGAAUAUCGUCGCCAAGAUGAAUAAGGUGACCACAAAGGCGCCCAAUCGGAUUCUGAACAGUUCAGGCAUUCUUCUUGAGUUCGUCAUCGAUCUUUUAGCAAUGACAAUCAUUUCAUUCCAGAACGGAUUCGCAAAUGUGGGCACUGAAGAAGUCAAAUUGGAAUCAGUGGUGGCUCCGGAGACUAAUUUCCCCCGAGAAACGCUUGCACUGAUGGCCGCUUUGAGUGAAACACAUCAGAAGAAAAUAUGGUGAUUACUUUGGUAUUACUGUUGCUGGUUAUCAGUUGUUCGAUUAAAUUCCUCUUACAAAAUUUGCCUUUUGUUUUAUUAGCCUCUAUCUAUUUUGCUUUACCAAAAAUUGAAAAGAUCAUUGUUUUUAUAAGAACCAUAUCACCCCAUAAAUGGGAAUUCAAUCG